AUGAUGGUAAUCUCGCCGCAAUCACGUUUUGCCAAUGAGGAAUAUACCGUGGGUUGGAUAUGCGCUCUUCCAACAGAAUUCGCAGCCGCCAAAGGCAUGAUGGAUGAGAUCCACGGUAGCCCACAGACCGCACCCGCUGAUGCGGACCACAAUACAUACGUGCUGGGGACUAUUGGGAACUUCCAAGUUGUCGUGGCUAGCCUGCCAUUGCACCAGUUUGGAGCGUCCUCGGCCACAGAAUCAGCCAGAGAAAUGAUAUUUACGUUCCCGAAAAUUCGAAUUGGGCUUCUUGUCGGUAUCGGCGCGGGUAUACCUGCCACAAACAACGAACGAGACAUUCGUCUUGGAGAUGUCGUGGUUGGAAGUGACUCCUCCAGCGGGGGAGUCGUGGUUUAUGACCUCGGCAAGCAGCUUGCGAAUGGAUCUUAUCAGAGUCUCUCAAUCCUCAAUCGACCUCCUCGAUCGUUAAGCACCGCUCUCGCAAGCAUCAAAGCCGAGCAUGACAUGCAGGAAAGCAAGAUGUUAUCCUACCUGGAAGAAAUGCUGGCGAAGUACCCGCGCAUGCGGAAAACGGGGUAUUGCUACCCUGGCAAGUCGCUCGAUCGCCUGUUUCAACCGAGCUAUACACAUUCAAAUGAAGCGGCUUCAUGCGCUGAGUGCGAUGGAUCCCAAGAAGUCUACAGGCUUGAACGUAUUGAUGAUGAGCCUGUGAUCCACUACGGGACCAUUGCGUCGGGAAAUACGGUGGUGAAAGAUGCUUCGAUGCGUCUUCAGAUCCAAGAGAAACAUUCUGCAAUCUGCCUUGAUAUGGAAGCAGCUGGUUUGAUGAACAACUUCCCGUGCGUUGUUAUCCGUGGCAUUUCAGAUUAUGCCGACUCGCACAAGAAUGACCGGUGGCAGCCAUUUGCGGCUGCUAUAGCCGCUGCAUAUGCAAAGGAGCUUCUGAGUCAUGUACAACCUAAAUCUGUGGAUGGGGAGCGAGCUUUGAAAGAUAUUCUUUGCCAAGUCCAUGAUGAAGUCAAGAGUAUUACCAAGUUCAACUCAGCGCGACAGAAUCAGUACAUCCUGGACUGGCUUACUCCCAAUGACUUCUCCAAAAGACAAAACGACCUACUCAGUCAGACACAGGAAGGAACCGGAGCCUGGUUUUUGCAAUCACAUCAGUUCAAAACCUGGCUCAACACCCCAAGAAGCACACUGGUGUGUCCGGGGAUGCCCGGGGCUGGAAAAACAUUCAUGUCUUCAAUUGUUGUGGAAUAUCUGAAGCGUGAAAACCAAGAUCCAAAAGUGCAAGUUGGAUACAUAUCUUGCAGUUACCAGCCUGUGCAUCGGCAGACCAAUAUUGAUCUCCAGCUCAGUUUACUCAAACAGCUUGCAGUCAAAGAUUCACAGGUACUCCCGAACAUUGCACAGGUCUACAAGACCCACGAAGCACGGAGUGAUCGACCAACCCUCCAGGAUGUCGAAACCCAGCUUGCAACAGCAGCGAAGUCAUACAAAAUGGUCUAUCUGGUAGUUGAUGCGUUAGAUGAAUUCCUCGCGCAAGCUCCAGAAGAGCUGCAAGAAUUUCUCACUGGGAUUCUCCGUCUUCAAAUGAAUGCUCCUGUCAGCAUACUAGUGACAUCUCGAUUUAACUCGGCGAUCAUGGCACGCUUUAAGGGCUGCCAAAGGAAGGAGAUCCGAGCACAUGAGGACGACGUCCUGAGAUAUGUGAACCAAAGACUUCCUUUUCUUCUCCGUGGACUCAUCUCAAAUUACCCAAAAAUUGAGGAUGUUGUGCGGCGAGAAGUUGUGAAAAGCGCCGAUGGAAUGUUCUUGCUCGCAGUGCUCAACCUAAACUAUCUCGGGGGGUACACCAACCCCGGAGACCUUGAAGAUGCUGUCUUAAACCUGCCAAAUGGAGAGAACGGGCUUGAGACUGCUUAUCAAAAAGGAAUUGAGAUCAUUCGUGCCCAACAAUUGCCUAGCUACAAACUAGCUGUCAAAACCCUAUCAUGGCUAGCAUAUUCAAAGAGAGCUCUGUCUGCAACAGAACUACAACAUGCUCUUGCGAUUCAUGUUGGUAUGAAAGAGCUUGAUCCUAGAUAUCUCACUCCUAUCGAGAUCAUUGAUUCUGUUUGUGCUGGUCUGGUUGCUUGUGAUCGCAAGAGCGACAUUAUUCGAUUGGUCCACUACACAACAAGGGAGUUUCUCGUCAGAAACAGUACCUAUGACAAUGCAGAGAGAGAGCUGACCGAGAUCUCUAUUGCCUACCUUUCCUUCAAUGCUUUCUCCGAGGGGCGAUCAGCAAACAAGGCCGACUAUAAGCGUCGACAAGAACGGUAUUUGCUCCUUGACUAUUGUGCGACCCACUGGGGUGCCCAUGCGAAAGCAGCGUUGGACUCAUCAGAUGAUCCACUAUUACUCGCACUGAUUCUGCAGUUCCUGGAUAAAGAACUUCAUGUCAGUGCCGUUGCACAGGCUGCGGCGGCAGGCUCAGACUUCAACCGAAAAAGCAUUACGAUGCAACAUCAAAUAUUUCAACAGACGAAGGUGCAUCUCGCAGCCAAAGAAGGCUUAACGAGAGUUAUUGAUGAGUAUAUUCGCCAAAACACAGACAUCGAUGAACCAGACUCUCGGGAGCGUACGCCGCUUGUCUAUGCUGUCAAAGGCGGCCAUCUUGAAGUCUGUCGGUCUCUUCUCGAGUCAAAUCGCACCAACCCUAAUCAUAUAGACUAUUGUCAUAGGACUCUUGUUCUGCUUGCAGCACGUGGGAGACAUGCAGAAGUGGUGAAAAUUCUCAUUGAACAUGGGGCCCAUCCAGGGGUCCCAGACGGUAUCAAUGAAGUAGAGACUCCACUAUGCGUGGCAGCUUGUCAUGGGGAUAUUGGAAUGAUGGAAUUCUUACUCGACAACGGUGCCGAUGUCAAUCUCCAGUCAAAGCCCGGAAGAGAGCUACUUGGAAUACCUUUGCUAGAGGCCUAUAGAGCAGGUCAUCUCAACGCUGUUAUCUUUCUUCUAUCAAGAGGAGCCGAUCCUAACAUACAAGCAACGUUCGGAGAGACACUUUUGUACGACGCAUCCGGAGCAGGUGAUGAUCAAAUGGUCGAAAUUCUGCUGGAAAGGGGAGCUGAUAUUCAAUCAAGCCCCAAUUUCUCAGACAGCAAAUCUUCUCUUGCAAAUGCCGCACAGGGAGGGUUCGGUAGUGUUGUGAAGCGGCUUCUCCAGGCUGGUGCGGAUCGUAACUGGCAGGAUAACCGCGGUCGAAGCGCUCUUAUCAUGGCAUGUGAGUGCUGGAACAAACCAGGCAACUACGAAGAAGUCGUCCGUCAAUUACUCGAACAUGGUGCCAAUCCAAACACCCAGGAUGAAGAUCUCAGCACUGCCCUCUCAAUUUCUGCCCGCAAUGGAUUUGCUAGCGCCGUGGAUAUUUUACUUGAGAACGGUGCCAAUCUAGACAUCGUGAACAAAGAUGGAGAGACAGCCUUGUUAGAGGCAUCGAGAAACGGGCACAGAGAUUCAGUGAACUCUCUAAUACAGCGGGGAGCAGACCCAAACACCCGCAAUAAAAGCCUUGAGAACGUACUGUUUUCCGCAGCGGAAGGCGGUCAUGCCUCUGUCUGUGAGCUUCUGCUUGGUUCGGGGCUCUCUGUAAACAGUGAGAAUAUUGCUGGAGAUAUCCCUCUUUUCCUUGCUGCUCGUAGUGGAAGCGAGAGCACAGUUCAGCUUUUGAUUGCCAAAGGGGCCGAUAUUUACCAUCGAAACCUAAUGCAAGAGACUGUUCUUUUCUUUGCCGCUACAAGCGCCAUUGCCAGACUCUUGAUUGAGGCAGGGGCCAGUCCAGAGCCAAUGAAUCUCAUUUCGGAAACACCUCUCAUGAGAGCAGUGUGUGCUUCCAGUACGACUUGCCAAGAUUCUUCUACUUUUCAGGACAGAAUUGCACUGAUUAAUCUGUUACGGGAAAUUGGGGCUGAUCCAAACCCCGUAUAUCGUCAAGAAUUUGUUUCCGAUGCACACCGCAAGGCUUGGGAUGUCUUUUAUCCUUUGUUUCGUACUUACCACUGCCUUCAAAGCAUAGGUACUGAUGAUCAAACCCCCUAUUGCAAAGCAGCACGACAAAUUUGGGGUCCAUCUGUGGAAAGUUAUAAUCACGAGCAGAUGAUCUUACUCAUUUGUAAAACAACAUGUCACGACAAAACUUCCAAGGGACGCAAUAUUCUACUAUCCCGGAUAAAAGGGAAGACUGCACCCCGUGAGAUUGUUGAAUUGGGGCAUACCGACCUGGUUGCCAACGCCAACAUUCUGAGCCACACAAGCAUGGAUACUCAACCGCUUGGUGGAAUUGAAUAUUUCCGACAAGGCGCCGCCGCUCGAAGCCCCCAGGUCAUGGAAUUUUUGCUCGACACAGUCAUGAAGCCAUCGAUGAGGAGCUCAUAUCUAUCAGUCAUGCUCCAGCGGGCAGCCGAAUCCGGAGAUGUUUCAAUGAUGGAACUGCUGUUUUCCAAACAGGGCUUUGAUUCUCACAGUGCAAGUCUGGCACUAGGCGAGGCAUUAGCAGGUGGACGUUUCGAAGCGGUUGAGUUUCUUUUGGAAAGAGGCGCUGAAGUGCACACUGCGCAAGAAAUGGUUGGCUCAAAACCACUGCUCUACCUUGCCAUCUGUCGGGGAGGCACAGCCAUGGUGAAAAUAUUGCGGAAGGGUCAGAUUGAGAUUGGUAUGAGGAAUGAGUUGGGCCAGACACCGCUUUUCAAUGCCAUCGCAAAAGAAGACCAGGCCUUGGUGGAGCUUUUACUGGAGGAAGGGAUCGAAGUUGACACCCGGGAUAGCUCCGGUAGAACUCCGCUGUUCUUUGCAGUCCAACACCGCGCAUUAUCCAUUGCGCAAAUAUUACUUCAACAAGGUGCGGAUCCCAAUGUCAGAGCGUUUGACGGCAAGAAAGAUUCUCGGGCGUCCCACCAAGACCUUGAGGUGUACAGGUUGCAGGGCUAUUGGAAGGAGAGCGGUGGUGUCACAGCUCUGUUGGUCGCCGCUGGAGCUGGGCAGGGCGAUUUAGUGAGAGCUUUGCUCGUCAAAGGGGCGGAUCCCAAUCACCAGGACAGUGAUGGGAGAACCGCUAUCUGCUUGGCAGCCGGACAAGGCUUCGAGGCGAUUGUCAAGAUACUUCUUGAUGCUGGCUCCAAAGUGAACUACCCCAACGAUUCCAGCAAAUCGCCACUUGUUUGGGCGGUCAGACAGAAUGAUUCAGGGUAUUAUGGUUAUUCGAACUACUCCGGAGAUUCCUAUGAUCUAGUCAGUGGGGAUAUGAAAGCAGUGGUGAGUUUGUUACUCCAGCACGGUGCGGAUCCAAACCCCACCGAUGAAAAACAACAAACACCCUUGCAAAUUCUGUCUCAGACUUGCAAGAGCUCGAAGUCGGUGGUGUCAAUCCUCUUGAAGGCCGGAGGUAAUCCAAAUCACAGAGGCAUGUUUGGGCGCACCCCUUUGAUGAACGCCAUCGUGUUUGGCCUGGAUGAAAUUGCGGCGGCGUUGCUCGAUGCUCCAAAUGUCGAUCGAGACGCAACGGAUAUGUUUGGUCGUACAGCGCUUGUUGAGGCCACUAGAACACAAAGUUACAAGAUUCUGAAAUUUCUAACUCCAGAAUGUGAAGUUGAUCAGCCUUUGAUUGUGAACUUCGAGCCCCCAGCAGAGGAAUAUGGAGAAGGUGAGGGGGAAGAGGAAGAGGAAGGGGAAGAGGAAGAGGAGGAGGAGGAGGAGGAGGAGGAAGUAGAUAUGGAUGAUAGAUGCGACAUCUGUCGGAUCUGGAUUCGAGAUCAACACACACGCUCACGGGAAAUUGGGCGCAGAAUCCAUGGAGGACCUGAUGGAUGA